AACAGCACAUGUUUACACCCAGGAUGUCAAACUCUUCGGACACACAUGUGAUAGAGUCUGCGAGCGAUGAGCAGGAGAAACAUCAAGGCAUUGUAGGAAGGCUGGCUGAGACACCCUGCAUGAGGACAUCACUGCUCUAUGGUAUAGGAGGAGGGGUGGUAGCAGGCCUGGGGCACUUUCUAUUUACUAGUAAUGUAAGGAAAUCAGCUCAUUUUGGCUUUAUUUCAUACAUGAUUGGAACCCUAGCAACAUGGUCAUACUGCAGAUACAAGUGGUCGGAGACCAGAAUGAGAGAAAGACAGAUGCAAUAUGUUUUACGAAAUAAAUUGUUAGUCGAAGGAACUGAACUGGAGAAAGAAUUAAAUGCACAUAGUGAAGAUGCAUGACACACUUGCAUAUGGAAUUUCUGCAUUAUUUGAGAAUAGACUUACAAAUAUUUGGUACCGGACAGAGUGACAUGAUACACGUGAACAGUUUAUGUGUGUGUGCCAUCCAUAUUGACAGUGGAUGUCUUCUGUAAGGUGCAGGAUCAUGGCAUAUAUGCACCUGAAGCAGAUUUACUGGAUGUCAACAUGCUGUACCUGGAUUUACAACUCUUGUUUUAGUAGGGGUCAUGUCAUCCCUUCACAUCCCUUCAGCGCUGACUCAGGCAGCUUUGGUGGAAAACUCAAAAUCAGUUCUAAUGCAUGUAAUAUGUCUUAACCAGUGAAUUGCUAGAACAGACAAGCAGCUGUAAUUAAUCAGAGUAUUCAUCUUAAGUUGGUUGACCCGUAUCAGUAUAAUGGCUCGGGCGGGGCGGCUUACUUUCCUUCGGUAAGUCGUCUCAGUGAUGCAGCACUAAAUAAAAGAGCGGUGGAAAUCCGUCCUGCAACAAGGAGGCACAUUACACGUGCAUGCACCCUAAUGAUUCCUUCGUCGUCAUAUGACUGAAAAAUUUUUGACCGGCCCGGAUAGCACAGUUGGUAGAGCGUCCGCUUCGGGACCGGUAGAUCCAGGAUCAAUCCUUGAUCGAGUCACACCUAAGACUUUAAAAGAGGAAGUUGUAACUUCCUCGCUUGGCGUUCGGCAUGAAGGGGAUAGUGCAACGACUGGUUGACCCAUAUCAGUAUAAUGGCUUGGGCGGGGCGGCUUACUUGCCUUCGGUAAGUCGUCUCAGUGAUGCAGCACUAAAUAAAAGAGCGGUGGAAAUCCGUCCUGCAACAAGGAGGCACAUUACACGUGCAUGCACCCUAAUGAUUCCUUCGUCGUCAUAUGACUGAAAAAUUGUUGAGUACGACGUUAAACCCCAAGCACUCACUCACUCAUCUUAAGUGCACAUGCACUUUAGACUUGAUGUUACAUGAUCACACUGCUUGAUAUCUGGAUACCCGUUCCCAUUGUUUUCAGUGCUGUCCUGUGUGGUCUCGUAUGACGUUUCACCAGUUUGACGUACAGGUGUGAUUCAUGUUCGAGAGUUAGUAACUUACCAAAGGUUGGUAGAUCACUCCAAUUUUCCCCAGCCAUAAAAAAAGAGGUCACCAAAGUAUAAGUGAAAAAUUCUAAAGUAUGGCAUUAAACAUCAAUCAAAUAAACAAAUGGUAGUUUCGAGUUGUGUUUCAAACAAGAGAAACAGUAUAUGUAACAACUUCUCACAAAUGUAUCAAAUGUAUUGUUGGUUUUUAGUUUGUAUUGCAACCCAAAGUCUUUCAUGUUACUCGAGCAGAUAUAGCGCUUCUUUGAGUGGAGUGAAUGAAAAGUAUAAAUUCAGCCUUGAAAUCAUUUUUUUGCCUGGUUACAUGACGGUUUGAGAAGUUUUGGUCACAUUGUGUAAUCCGUGAGAAGUUUUGGUCACAUUGUGUAAUCCGUGAGAGGCUUUGGUCACAUUGUGUAAUCCGUGAGAAGUUUUGGUCACAUUGUGUAAUCCGUGAGAAGUUUUGGUCACAUUGUGUAAUCCAUGAGAAGUUUUGGUCACAUUGUGUAAUCCGUGUGCAUCAUACUAUGACUGCUUUGACAAAGACAUUUAUUUUGGAAGCACGUUUUUCAUAUGAUGUAAAAUUGUGGAGACAGAGAUGUGCAAUUAUCUUUUGUUAUUGAAGGGGUGUUAAUUAUGCUUUUGUGUGCAAGUGUAUAACAUUGUUGUUACUUGUAUUAAAGCUAUGAUAAAUGUGCAUAUAUGAUCUGAAUGCAUCAGAAUUUUAUCAAAACUUGUGUUUGAAGCAUUGUUGUUAAAGCAUCAGACUGUAAUCUACUUAACGCUAAAAGAAGUACCAACAAUAAGCUGUUCUAUUUAGAAAUGUCACAGUUACUCUUUGAACAAGUCAUCUUGGGGUAGGGCUUGUGUUGUGGUAGAGCAGUUAAGGUGCUUGUCCAUUGAUAUCUACAAACUCCACAUGUAGGUCAUGCUCAAUUCCAGUCUUGGGAAUCUGUGAAUUCCCCAGCACUCACUGAUUGUAGGGCCUUAGCAAAAAUGAGCUGUCAAGGUCACUCAUGUGGCUGUGUGUUUGUUGAAAAAUUUUGUGCUUAUUUGUAUGUCACACAUGGUAAAGUUUGUCAGUAACUUGCUGAAGUUACAUGGUUUACCAAGGCACUCUGGUUUCUUCCACUGUGAACUUGGCUGUCAUUGUGAAAGUAAAAAAUUCUUAAGUAUGGUGCUGGGCAAAAAAAAAAUACAUUUUGGAUUAUAGUGGAUAUGUGACAAAAUACUUUCUGAAGAAACACAAUCUGAAGCAGUGAAAAUCAUUUGAUUUCCGUAAUGAAAUUUGUAUAUGAUGUGAAUAGUUCAAUUAAAUUAAAUUUUGAUUGGUUGAAUGGUGAUAUUUGUCAGACAAUUGACUGCUGCAUUAAACAUCAAGUAAUGGAUAGUCUGUUACAAUUGACGUUUAUCUA